AUGAGACCAUUGAAGUUGAAAACCCAACUAAUGAUCAAGUUCCACAAGAAAAACAGAAAAAAAACUAAAGAAUUCAACCCACGAUCGAAAGUUUGGAAAGAAUUUGAAAGGUAUAAGGAUGAAAAUGGUGUACAAAGAUGUAAAUGCAAGCAUUGUGGUGGUGGGAAUUACAAGUGCGAAUCAAGUGGUUAUGGGACAAAAAAUCUAGGUUAUCAUUUAACGAAAUGUAAAGCUUACUUGGAUAAACUUAGUGGUGGGCAAAAACAACUAACUUUUCAAUAUGGUGAUGAAAACAAAUUGUCAACUUGGAAAUUUGAUCAAAAUGAGAGUCGUAAGGCUCUAGCCCACAUGUUGGUAGUUGAUGAACUUCCUUUUAGCUUUGUAGAAGGUGCGGGUUUUAGAAUAUGUUUGACCACCGAUACGUGGACUUCUAAACAACAAUCAUGUUAUAUGUGUCUCACCGCCCACUUUAUUGAUAACGAAUGGAAGUUGAAAAAAAAAGUUUUGUGUUUUUCUUCUCAAGAGAGUCACCGUGGGGUUGAUAUUGGAAAAAUGGUUGAGAAAUGUUUAAUGGAGUGGGAAAUAGAAAAUAUUUUCACAAUUUCUGUUGACAAUGCAAGUGCGAAUGAUGUGGCAAUUGACUUCUUGAAAAAAAGUUUUCAAAACUCCAACACGUGUCUUCUAAAUGGGAAAUGGAUGCAUAUUCGAUGUGUUGCCCACAUUUUAAAUUUAGUGGUGCAAGAUGGCAUAAAAAAAGUUGAUAAGGCGGUUGAGAUAGUUCGAUGGGCGGUUAAAUGGAUUAGGCAAUCGCCUUCUAGAAUUCAUAAGUUUACCAAUUUUACUAAGGUUGCUAAUCCCGGUAUAACAAAACACUUGAAGAGAGAUGUGCCAACAAGAUGGAACUCUACUUACCAUAUGUUGGAAAUUGCACAAGCUUACGAAAAAACUUUUGAGAGAUAUGAUCUUGAGGAAUUUGAUUUUCGGUACGAAAUUGAAAAGGCCAGUUUGUCGAUACCUUCAUCAAGCGAUUGGGAAAGGGUUAGGAAUAUAUGUCAUUUUUUAAAACCUUUUCAUGAUGUUACUUUGAGGAUUUCCGGGACACUUUAUGUGACAUCAAACACGUGCAUUGAAGAUAUAUAUUCCAUUCGUACGCUCUUGGAUGAUGCUAUUUCUGAUUCCACUCUUUGUGAUAUUGCAUUGGCCAUGAAAAAAAAGUUUGAUAAGUAUUUUGGCGAUGUAGAAAAAAUGAAUUUAUUGCUCUACUUUGCAUUGAUUCUUGAUCCAAGGAACAAAGUAAAGUAUUUGGUUAUACUACUUGAGGAUCGUUAUGGAGAAAAUGGGGUCGAGGCCAAAAAGAAAUAUAUCAUGGAUUCUAUGUAUGAAUUAUAUAAUGAUUAUAUUAGAAUUCAUUCUCCAAUUUCUACUUCAAGUACUGCCGAGUCUACCACUUCAUCAUCGAUAUUAGGGAAACGCCAAAACCCGGAUUUUAUGGCACCUAACCCCCCAUUGAGAAAUAAACUAAGAGAAAAGAUGAAGACGAACAUAGUUGAAUCAAUUGGGGAGUUAGAAAAGUAUUUUCAAGAAAGUGUUGAAGACGACUUGGAAAUGUUUAAUAUUCUAUAUUGGUGGAAAGUGAAUAGUCCAAGAUUUCCAAUUCUAUCAUUGAUGGCAAGAGAUGUGUUCGCCAUUCCCGUCUCAACGGUGGCUUCAGAAUCCGUUUUUAGCACUAGUGGAAGGGUUUUGGAUCCGUUUAGGAGUUCUUUGACUCCUAAGAUUGUUGAAAGUUUAAUUUGUACACAAGAUUGGAUUCGGGGUAGCAUAAGUGACACAAUCGAUUAUGAAAAAGAUUGGGAAGAAAAUCAACAAAUUGACAAAGAUUUGAGCAAGAUGGUGUAGUGAAGGUGCAAGAAGAACGAGUAUAUUUUUGAAUGUCUUUUGGAACUUGACAUGUUAUUAUUUUCAUAAUAUGUAAUGGUUUUCUAUGUUUUGUAGAUUUAAGACUU